AUGGAGAAGAAGAUCACGGAGAAGAUUGCGGCGCUGCCGCCAGAUGCUAACUACUUCUCCUUGGAGUUCUUCCCUCCAAAGACUCGGAUGGGUUUUGCGAACCUGUCUGCUCGUCUGGAGCGCAUGGCCCAGGCGCUUCGUCCGCUAUUUGUCACCGUCACCUGGGGUGCAGGUGGAAGCACCGCGGCUCGGUCCCUCGAGCUGGCCGAAGUGUGUCAGCGCCAGUUACAGCUGACCACGGUGCUGCAUCUGACCUGCACGAACAUGAGCAGGGCAUUGGUGGAUAUGGCGCUGGAGGAAGCCAAGGUGCUUGGAAUUCGCAACAUUUUGGCAUUGCGAGGCGACCCGCCACGCAGCGAGGAAUACAACAUGCACGGAGAGGACGACAGUAACAAAGACUUUACAUUCGCCGUGGACCUGGUGCGAUACAUUCGCAAGCAGUAUGGUGACUACUUUUGCGUCGGUGUGGCUGCAUAUCCCGAGGGCCAUCCCGCCGACUCGUUCCAAGACGUCCAGGACCCAGCCCGCGACUUGCCAUAUCUGAUCGAGAAGACCGUGGCAGGCGCAGAUUUCAUCAUGACACAACUCACAUAUGAUAUCGAAGCCUACCAGAAGUUUGAGAGUAUGCUGCGGAAUCACGAGUCCGGCGUCUUCAAGACCAUCCCUAUCAUUCCAGGCCUGAUGCCCAUCCACAGUUAUAAGAUUCUCACCCGAGUGACGAAGCUCAGCCAUGUGCAUCUGCCCGACCCGAUUGCGAAGCGCAUGGAGGAAUUGAAGCACGACGACGAUGCGGUGAAGCGCGCCGGUGUGGACAUCGUGAGCGAGAUCGUGGGAGGCAUGCAGGAGCUCAAGUCUCCAGGCCCACGUGGAUUUCAUUUCUAUACCCUCAAUCUGGAGAAAACAGUCUCAUUUAUUCUUGAGCGCUGUGACUUGAUCCCUGCGUUCACCGAUGCCGAUGAUGAUUACGCACUUGUGGAAGCCGAUGGCAUCGUGCCCAUGGGAGCACCAGCUCGCCUGCGACGCCGCGCUUCCUCCAUCAACUCCCAGCCCCACAAUCGAGUCAUCGUGGACAAGUACUCCGAAAACGUGUCAUCCCACGAUUCCGUACACGAGGCUCUUGCCAACAGCGCUGGACAGCCGGCGAUGCUGCCGGGGAGAAGUACAACACUUCAGAUUUCAGAAGGUCUUGGCGCCCUUGGCAGAGAAGCUACAUGGGAUGACUUCCCCAAUGGUCGUUGGGGUGACGCGCGCUCCCCGGCUUUCGGUGAGAUUGAUGGUUACGGUCCGUCUCUUCACGUUACUUCUGCAGUGGCUCGUCGCAUUUGGGGUCAUCCAGUUGAACGCUCCGACAUUAGCACUCUCUUCCGCCGCCACGUAUCCGGAGAGCUGUACAUGGUCCCGUGGUCGGAGGGUGGUGCGGACGAGGGAGCCGGUCUCAAUGCAGAGACAGAACUGAUCCGUCCCGAACUGCUCAAGCUCAUCGAUGGGCGUGGCUGGUGGACCCUGGCCUCCCAACCUGCUGUGAACGGCGUUCGUAGUGAUCACCCAAUCUUUGGCUGGGGCCCCCAGCGAGAGGGCUUUGUGUUCCAGAAGCCGUUUGUGGAGUUCUUCUGCUCAACCAAUGAUUACACCAAGAUUCUGAAACCUCUCUUUGAGAAACAUGGCCACGACAAGCUUGUUUGGUUCGCAACGAACAACACCGGCGCAUUUGAAUCAUCUCUCCCAACACAGUCGGCCGACGUCGAUCUCGACAAUUUGGAGUCUAACCCCGAGAGCGUCAACGCCGUCACCUGGGGUGUCUUCCGCGGCAAAGAGAUCGUCACUCCAACCAUCAUCGAAGAAGUCAGCUUCCGGGCCUGGGGAGAAGAAGCCUUCCGCAUCUGGGAUGAAUGGCGCCGCAUUUAUCCGCGCGGCUCCCCGACUGAACGCUUCCUGGAUGAACUCAAGAACGACACAUGGCUUGUCUGUGUCGUCGGCCAACAAUUUGGCGCAGGUACGCCUCAGGGUAGUAAGGAGGAGGAGGACGAGGUCAAGUGGAUGUGGCGUGUGUUGGCUGGGGAGACCCACUGA